AUGGCGGCUGAAGAGCAAAAUGACAAAGCGAAAGCUAAGACCAUGACUGUAUUAGGUCCAUUCGAUGUCGAAGACACAUUAUUUGGACCAGUCAUGAUGUACGAAAAAAUCAUUUCCAAUCCAGCAUCAGGACAAUCCAUGGUGACUUCAUCUUCGGAUAAUACAACAAGUAGUCGACAAGUUCCGUUCACAAUGGAGAAUCUAUCAGAGAUUCGUUCAAGUCCAUUUCAAUAUCUAGAGAAUAUGCUACUAAACUCUGAGAAUGAAGCCUGUAGAGAAAUUCGGCAUUUAUCCGAUGGUGUAGCAAACGAUGUCAAGGUUGUCCUCUUGGACAUGACAACUGCCAAAGAGGGACGAGAUCACAAGGCAUGCCAAAGAAUUUCCCAGCAGCUGGGAAUUCACCUUCUUAUCGGAACAACGUGUCCUACAGAACAUCCUGACAUGGAUACCACCAACACCAACACCAACACCAACAGUACUGCAAUGGACGGCUUUCAGAGAAACAUGGAACACAUGGAGCGAGAGUUGAAGUACGGAAUUGGUACUAGAAGUGAAGAUGACUACAAAAACCUAACUUCACCAGACAGCAAAAUUGUGCGGUGCAGUUUUUGUGGUCCCAUGCACAUCUCGGAAGGUUUUCCUGUAGCAGAACAAAAUGAGCUGAAGGCAUACGCAGCUGUUCAGGGGGGCAGCAAUGCUCCCUUGGUUCUAGUAGCGCCCUCACUCACAGCAGUCUCGGGGAUAUUAGACUUUGUGACGAAUAGUGGUGGAAUCGUUAGCAAGACUAUAGUGGCACAUGCCGAUCUGUUGCUGCACCGACAUGCGCAACAAACCGACAUGACUUUGGCACUUCAAAUUCUUCUAGAACAGGUAUUGGAUCGCGGAGCCAUUGUUUGUUUUGACAGCUAUUCCGUCUCCGCAUGUGCGUUCUUUGAUUUUGACCAAGACUUUCCAACUCUAGCCAGCGUUGUGGACACCGCAUCCAACCUACUUUCGAAGAAAGCAAAGUACGCGGAACAAAUUGUUCUCAGUGCUGGCAUCAUGAUGAAACUACAACUCAAAAGGUACGGUGGCGUUGGAUAUCCAGUUGUUCUGAAAGAGCUAGUACCAAGACUGAAAAAGAAAGAAGUUAUUACGAGUGAGCACAUUGAGUUGAUGCUGAACAAGAAUCCACGUCGAUUGUUGCAGUGGUGGGUGCCUCCUCCAACUCCUGAAGUACCCAAGUAUUACUUGACAUGUUCGAUAUGCAAAAAGAAAUUCGAACCAAUAAUGGGAGAAUACUUUUCAAAGUAUACCUUCGUCUACUGUGGAACGAAAUGUCUCCGCAAACAUCGAAAAGUAGGGUUCAAACCAUUGGAAGAAGCAGAAAAAUCAUGA